AUGGUGGCACGGAAUGAGAGGAAAUGGGGAAGCUCCUUAUGGGCUUGCUGCUGUGGAAGUCCACGUGUUCGUUCAUACUGUUCGUCAUCCUCGGAGCCAUCUUCACUAGAACAGAAGUUGGUGGAAGAAGAUGGAGUCCAUUUGUCAGACCAAACAAAGCCCGGAUGGAAGGCCAUGCCCUACAUUUUAGGAAACGAGACGAUGGAGAGGUUGGCAACGUAUGGGCUGACGGCAAACUUCAUGGUGUAUCUGAUGAGGGAGUUUCAGAUGGAGCAGGUGGUCGCUGCAAACAUUCUCAACAUUUGGAGCGCCGCCUCCAAUUUCGCGACCAUAAUUGGUGCCUUAAUUGCUGAUAAUUAUCUUGGCAAAUUUCGGAUCAUUGCUUUCGGAUCCUUCGCAUCUCUCGCGGGUAUGGUGAUAGUAACAUUAAUAGCCUGGGUGCCGCAACUGCGCCCUCCGCCAUGCAUAGCUUCAGAGCAACAGCCGGGCCAAUGUAAUGUGUACACCAAAGCCCAACUGGGCGUUUUAGUUGUAGGCCUAAGCGGGUUAGCCAUAGGCUCUGGCGGAAUCCGGCCGUGCAGCAUUCCCUUUGGCGUCGAUCAAUUUGAUUCAACCACUGUCCAAGGAAGAAAAGGAACCACCAGCUUCUACAAUUGGUAUUACACCACACAAACAGUGAUCAUGUUGAUCAACCAAACUCUGGUCGUCUAUAUCCAAGACUCCGUUAGCUGGACCUUGGCGUUCGGGAUCCCGGCGGUGCUGAUGUUAUGCGCAAUUAUCUUACUAUUUGCGGGAACAAAGAUUUACGUGCACGUGAAACCAGAGGGCACCAUGUUUUCUGGCAUUACGCAGGUGUUUAUAGCAGCUUACAAGAACCGCCGACUUACGCUUCCGGCUAAUGGAAAGGUUGUUGGAAUUUUCUACGAUCCUCCAUUGGAGGAAAGUGUAGCUUCAAAGCUCUCCCUCACCCAACAGUUAAGGUUCUUGAACAAAGCAGCUUUGAUAGGCGCCGACAAGGAAGUGAAACAGGAUGGUUCUUGUACAAAUCCAUGGAAACAUUGCAGCAUCCAACAGGUAGAAGAGGCAAAAUGCCUAGUAAAAGUUGUCCCAAUAUGGACAUCGUGCAUCAUCAGCUUCAUUUCCAUGGCACAACAAGGAACAUUCAUCGUGUCACAAGCCUUGAAAAUGGACCGGAACAUAGGAAGUACCAACUUCCAAAUCCCGGCCGGUUCACUGAGUAUCAUAUCACUUAUCACAAUAGGCACAUGGCUUCCAUUCUAUGACCGCAUUCUACAACCCGCAAUAGCAAAAUAUACAAAACGUGAAGAGGGGAUGACGACUCUCCAAAGAAUAGGAUUUGGGAACGUUUUCUCGAUUCUGACAAUGGCGGUUGCCGGAAUUGUUGAACAGAGGAGAAGGGUUUUGGCAGAGUCGCACGCUGGGCCUGAUGGGGUCGCACCCAUGUGUGUCAUGUGGUUAGCACCGCAGCAAAUCCUAAUGGGUCUUUGUCAGGUGUUCAACACAGUUGCACUGAUUGAAUUUUAUAACGAGGAAUUUCCUGAAAACAUGAGAAGCAUAGGCACGUCUCUGUUCUAUCUCACAUCUGCCGGAGCAAGCUACAUGAGUAGCUUGGUGGUGAAUCUUGUGCAUAAUGUAACCGGAAAGGAUGGCGGCCGGCGGCCUGACUGGCUGACCAACGAUAUUAAUGUUGGCAGAUUGGAUUAUUUCUACUUCCUCAUAGCCGGAAUGGCGGCGCUGAAUUUUGUGUACUUUUUGUUCUGUGCUCGUCAAUAUCGUUACAAGGCCAUUGUAAAGGUCUAA